AUGACUGUAACUGGCAUUUUACCAUCUUACCAAAGAUUUGUGAAUGGAGUGCCCGUACCGUUUUCGAGGAAAUCGUUUCGCCAGCGCGAGAAAUAUAUAAUUUUUCUAGUAUUUAUUACGUUCGGUUUUGUGUGUUUUGGUACAUUCUUUUUCCUGCCCGAGUUCAAAGGCUCGAAAAGUACAGCCGAAAGUGUUUAUCAGGUUUACGAUAAAAUAAAAAGAGCAGGGCCGGAAUUGCUAAUUCCUCCUCCGCCGCACCUGGACGACGAAAAGGAUUCCCUCAAAAUACCUGUAAUUAGGCACGAUGCCGAAGAUCAAAUUGAUCCUCACAUUAUAGACGAUAAGGCUAAAUUGCAGGCGAAAAUUGAACAGGAUGAACAACUUAAAGUCCUUGAAAGGCCCGAUAUGGAAAUUAACCUAAAUAAUGACAAUCAUAAAAAAGUGUCGUCUACCAGUAAGCCUAUCGUUCAAAUUGCCGAGGAGGAAAAACGGGACCGGGACGUUAACGAAAACGCUAUUGUGACAGUGCCACCAGCUAUCAGCAAUCACUACCCCCAAAUUCGAGGAGGCGAAGAUGAGGACGAGGAAACCAGGCAACGACGAGACAAAAUUAAAGAGGUAGGAAUGUUUAAUCAAAUUGUUUACGUUUAUGUAAAAGAAAAGCGUGGAACUUGA